UGUUUUGACAUUUCAAGAUGAGCCAGGAAGCUGUCAACAUGGAUCCAACACUCUCUCCACCACAGAAAGUCUUUAUAAAAUGUGAGGAUUGUGCCAAAAGUUAUCGAUCAAAGAAAUCUGUGAAAAGACAUGUCAGAACUAAACAUGGAUCCAAGAAACCAUACACAUUGAGUAAAGUAGACAACUCCCCUAUAGAAUAUAAAGAAGGAAAUACUCACAACAAUAUAGAUCAAUUACAAACAUAUGAAGAACAAACUCAAACUGAAGAUGAUGAUGAAAAUGAAAGAGAAUUUAACCCAGUGAUUUAUGAUGUUGAAACUGUGUACAGCUUGGGUAAUGCAACGUUUUUGAGAAUAAACUCUGAUUGUGCAUUGCUGCAGAAACGUAUAACAACUCUGAAACUGACUUUUGAACAAAUGGUAUUGAUAGAAGAACUCUCUCCAGCAAUUCAUUCAUGUAUACAAGAUUUUAAAGACAACAAAUCUGUAAAAUAUUUACAAGAAUUAGGAAAUGAUGUUUUCAUAGGAAUUCAAACACCCUAUGUAUGUGUAGAUAUUAGAAAGUUCUUUAAGAUACCUGCCACUGAUCAAAUACAUCCUACCAAAAUAGGAAUACCACUAUCUUUUGUAGAAUUUGAAUCUCUUGUAAACCAUAUUAAACAUGUCUCUUCCAUUAAAAACAGUCAAUAGAAUAUGUUAUUACCUCAAAAAUAAGUAUUAUUUAAUUAGAUGUAGAUAUUUGAUUUUUAGAUAUGAUAUGUUUGUAAAUGUUAAUUCAAUAGAGAAAUAUGAAUAUGUUAUAAAG